CAUAAAGAAGCAAUUCCUUGUUACCUUGUAACAACACAUCUAUGACCCACUACUAUCGCGUAAUGCAACGACCAGAAAUGAAACGAUAAAGCUGUCUGAAAUGAUAUCAUCGGUACCCAGCCUUCAUAGUUACGGCUCUUGGGAAGUGUCGACCUGCACCAUCGAUGCUUUUUGGAACAACUCUGAGGCAAUCUACUUUCAAGACGGAGGCGUUGGAUACAGGAAUCCGUACCCCAUGCCGCCCUGGAAUACCAGUGCGCUGAGAACCAUAGGCCUGGACUACAAUGAUAUCGACGAGCUAAGAAGCCCCAAAUUCUUACAAGAGUUGACCUCCGGAGGCUUCGAACUGCACACCGCACUCGCUCUGUCGUUCGCAGAGGCCAUCUCGGACAUCUCGAGCCUCUCUCGGCACGACUCGGUCUGGGGAGAAGACACGUUAAGUACGGGUGUGAAUAGUAUGCCUCCUUUCCAUUUCACCCAUACAUUGUACGGUUUCGGCUAUGGGAAUCAUUCCACAUCAGUCCGCCUCUCGAUGGCAGUUCUGGGCUUCUACUGUGUCAUCACUGUCAUUUAUCUCGCCUACAUGCUAUUCACAGGCCGUAGCUCUACAGCCUGGAAUUCUUCGAUCGAGCUUGUGGCUCUCGCUCUACAGUCAAAACGACCUGACCAUCUGGGGAAAGUCUCUGUGGGCAUCGACAAUCUUGGUACCUUCAAUGAGGGGGUUGGCAUACGUGCAAAUGCAGACAAUGAGUUGGAGCUCGUGUUUGCUCAUGACCGUGACGUUGGGUCAAGGGGUCUGCGGAAGGUGCAAACGAACAAAGAAUACUGAGAGCGACGACCAUGGGCAACCAAUGCCCCAUCUAGCGAGCUGUAUAUGCAUCAUGAGCUACGCGGUGUAGCUGUGCAAUCACACUUCCAUAUCUCUACCGCUGUCUCUUUAUUGAAUCAAGUUGUCAGCUAGCAGACGUUAUAGUUGGCCUCUCGUCGAUCGUCGUUGAAACAGCGACUCAACACAGAGGGGUCACCCCUCAGCGCUUCGCCACUGACCCUGGGGAUCGUCACUCACACGGAGGAGUGUCGACCUAAGAUUGUAUAUAAUUUCAUCCAAACAGGAUUCUGAAGAAUCUUUAGUAGCUUGCCUACUUGUAGCUAGGGUCUGUAGCGUUGGAAACAUC